AUAGAGAAUUUUAUUAUAAAUCUCAAAGAUAUUAUAUCAGUUAUAUAAUGUUGAUUUGAUUACAGAUACAUUGUAUAAAGUAAAAAAGAUAAUCUCACAUCAGUUCUGACAUUGAGCUCAGAGAUAGAUACAAUUGUUAAAAUCAAUCACGUUUGCCAUUGUAGAUCAUGAACAAAAGCAAUAUGCUGCAAAUACGCUUAGAAAGGCCUCUCUAUGAACACGAAAUGCUGAAUCAAAAUUAUGAUUAUGAGAAACCAAAGUCAUCCUUGAUGCAGAAUGUGAUAAACAAUGUUAAGUCAAAGAACUGGCAGUCUUGUAUAAUGUCGACAGUUCCAGUAGUACAAUGGCUUAGCCAAUAUAAUUGGAGGGAAGACAUAUUGCCUGAUAUUAUUUCAGGCCUAACAGUAGCAAUUAUGCAUAUACCACAAGGUAUGGCUUAUGCGCUUCUGGGAAAUUUGCCGCCAGUAGUUGGCAUAUAUAUGGCCUUCUUUCCUGUCUUCAUAUAUUUCCUUUUCGGCACGUCCAAGCAUGUAUCUAUAGGAACUUUUGCUGUGGUUUGCCUAAUGACUGGCAAAGUAGUCACAUUUUACUCAAAUCCAUAUGUCGGACACACAUUUGCAAAUGCUACGGAUGCUGUUUUACAAAAUCUCCAAGAUGUCUCAUAUGGAUAUACACCUAUGCAGGUAGCAACAGCUGUGACAUUAAUGGUCGGAAUAUUUCAGAUAAUAAUGUAUACAUUCCGAUUGGGCAUUGUAACGACUUUACUCAGUGAAACUUUAAUAAACAGUUUUACAACAGCAGCUGCUGUUUAUGUUUUAAUAUCUCAAAUCAAGGAUCUUCUUGGUUUAAAAUUGCCAAAGCAGAAAGGUUAUUUCAAAUUGAUUUUUACUAUUAUAGAUGUAUUUAAAGAAAUAAAGAAUACCAAUAUAGCCGCUGUAACUGUAUCAACUGUAUCAAUUAUUAUUCUUGUUGUCAACAAUGAAUAUCUGAAGCCAAGAAUAAGCAAAAAAUGCAGCAUACCAAUACCCAUUGAACUUAUUACAGUGGUUGGUGGAACAUUAGUCUCUCGAUAUUGUGAUUUAUCAAAAAUUUAUGAUAUUGAAACUGUUGGGCAUAUUCCUACGGGAUUGCCCAAGCCAGAAGUGCCAAGUUUCGAAUUAUUACCCUUAGUAUUGGUUGAUAGUAUUGCGAUAACUAUGGUUUCAUAUACUAUCACUGUAUCAAUGGCGUUAAUAUUCGCACAAAAGCUUAAUUACGAGAUAGAUUCGAAUCAAGAACUUCUUGCAAUGGGUCUUAGUAACGUAAUGGGUUCUUUCUUCUCCUGCAUGCCAAUAUCGGCUUCCUUGAGUAGAUCUCUUAUUCAGCAAACCGUCGGGGGACGUACGCAGAUAGCGAGUAUUGUAUCUUGCUUAUUAUUGCUUAUUAUACUUUUGUGGAUCGGGCCAUUUUUUGAACUUCUACCAAGAUGUGUCUUGGCUUCCAUAAUAGUUGUAGCAUUAAAAGGAAUGUUUCAACAAAUCAGUCAACUCCGUAAAUUUUGGAAAUUAAGCAAAAUCGAUGUUGUAAUUUGGAUUAUAACGUUUUUCGUGGUAAUAUUGAUAAAUAUCGACAUUGGAUUGCUUGCUGGAUUGCUCGUGUCGCUGGUCAUGAUUUUAUUGCAAGUUAUUCGGCCUUAUACAUGCUUAUUGGGUCAUAUACCGCAUACAGAUCUGUAUUUAGACAUGGGUAGAUACAAAGCGGCGGUAGAGAUACAUGGAAUAAAAAUAUUUCAUUACUGUGGGACUUUGAAUUUCGCCAAUAAUAGCUAUUUCAAGUCCAUUGUAUACAAACUUGUGGGAAUAUGUCCACAAAAAAUUAUUAAGUACAGAAAAAAAUUGACCGAAGAGGAUCGCUUUUUGGAUGAGAAAAACUCCAGAGAAACAUGUGAAUUGCAAUGUAUAAUCAUGGAUAUGAGCGCAUUGAGUUACAUCGAUCCCAGUAGCGUUCAAGUCUUGCAUAUAAUCGUAGAGGAGUUCACUCAGGUGAAUAUUAAGUUUUACUUCGUCAAUUGUCCUAGUCCUAUCUUCGAAACAAUCAAGAAAUGUGACUUAUAUACAUAUGGAAAGAUGUCAUUGAAAAUCUUUGCAACUAUACAGGAUGCCAUCACUUAUUUUCAAAGUGAAAUAGCCUCAAGAUAAUGAAAAAUACAAUUUCUAAUAUACUAUAGUAAGAUGUGCGCGCGCGCGCGUGUGUGUGUGUGUGCAAUAGGGUAGGCCAAAAAAAAUGUCUGAAAAUCAAUUAGCAAUACCCCCCAAAAGAUAGCUAUGAGCCUUAAUAUGAUUUGGGUAAAAUUUCAUCGAAAUCGAUUAAUAUUCAGGUUGCCUCUCGACUUCGAAAUUAGUAUUUAUGCAUUUCUUGAAUACAUGUCAAAAUUUGAAAAAAUAUUGAAAUUUUAAUACAAUUUGGUACUAUCUAUUCUUUUUUGAUCGCUAAAUACGAAUCCGAAGUCAGAAGUACACAUUUCAAAAUGGCGGAUUCAAUAUGACUACACAAAGGAUGAUUAAGAGUAAAGUCCAAGAUCGGGAAAUAUCCCGAAAACUUUUCGGCAUUUUUUACUCAUUCUAUUAUAUUGGGAAAUAUCCCGAAAACUUUUCGGCACUUUUUACUCAUUCUAUUAUAUUGGAUCCGCCAUUUUUGAAAUGUGUACUUUUGACUUCGGAUUUCGGUGUUCAGCGACUAAAAAGAACAAAUAGUACAAUGGUGCGUUCGGGAAGAUGCUAUUAAUGCUACUUCUGUCAUUCUUCAUUGUUUAUUAAAUGUAAAACAAGAAUAGAAUGACACAAAUUACGUUAAUAGCGUCUGCCCGAACGCACCUCAAAUUGUAUUGAAAUUUAAAUUUUUGUUUUCAAAUUUUGACACAUGUAUUCAAGAAAUGCAUAAAUACUAAUUUCUAAGUCGAGGGAUAACCUAAAGAUAUUAAUCGAUUUCGAUGAAAUUUUACCCAAAUCAUAUUGGGUGAAGCCCAUAGCUAACUUUUGGAGAGUAUUGCUAAUCGAUUUUCAAAAAUUUUUUUUCGGCCCAUCCUAAUGUAUAAAAUAUAUGUCUU